AUGGCUGAGAGCCUGGGGGACCUCUUCCGGAUGAAGCUUGCGAAGAUGCGGGAGGACUCCAGUGAGCACGAUAUGACCUUCCCCUUCCUCCACGACCUGUCUUCUCUGAACCCCGAGGAGGCCAUGCCCUCGGCCAGCAGCGGUGGCCGGGAGAGGCCCUCCACCAGCAGGCCCAGGAAGGAGCUGGCGCCCGAAGUGCUGGAGAUGCGCAGGCAGUUCAAGGUCAUCCGGAUGCAGCUGGGGGCGGCGACGCAGGCCCAGAAGGGCCGGGCGGAGAAGAAGGAGAGAAAAAGGCAGGAGAGGAGGGUGGAGGCCAAGAGAAAGGAAGCCGCGUCCAAGGCCAAAAGCAAGGCCAAGGAGCUGUCUUCCACCAGCACCAAGGCCAGCGGCACCAGCACCAGCAGCGCCAGCCGGGCCUCUGAGAGGCGGCAGGAUCCCUGGCACAAGCAGACCCUGGUCCCCCAGCAGCACAAGACCAUGGCGGCCGACCUGGCAUCCAGGGACCGGAUCAGGUUCAUGACCUACAAGGACAAGUGCCUGCUCACCCGGGACCUCGGCCAGCUCCCCGAGAAGCAGCUGGGCGGCAUGGUCCGCAUCCUCCGCUCCCGGGAGCCCAAGCUCAAGAAGAUCAGGAACAACAAGAUGGAAGUGAACUUGGACUCCCUGAAGCUGGGCACGCUGUGGGAGCUGAAGGAGUAUGUCGCGGCCUGCAGGCAGAAGAAAGCCUUCGGGGUUGCUGCCAGCACCUCCCAAGGCAAGCGGGCCGCCUCGUCGUCGUCCAGGUCCGGGUCUGAGUCACAAGCACAGACACAGCCCGAGUCUGAGACGGAGUGGGAGACCCCCAGCUCCUCUGACAGCGACCCCUAG